GUUUGUUAGGGCCGGAUAUAAAAGGUUGCGCCUGCGCAGUGUGAGACGCAGUUUAGAAACAGUUUGGAAAGAGAAAGUGUUUCACCAACAUGGCGCAUUACAGAGCCUCCGAGUCCAAACGCGAGCAGUUCCGAAGAUACCUGGAAAAGGCCGGGGUGCUCGACAGCCUCACCAAUGUGCUGGUUGCCCUAUAUGAAGAAACGGAGAAGCCCAACAAUGCUUUGGACUUUCUGAGGCAGCAUCUGGGGGUCCCUGGGCCUGAGGCCGCUGAUGUAGAAACCCUGCGCCUUGAGCUUACAGAACUGAGGCAAAAAUACGACCUCGUUUUAGAGGAAAACAAAGAGCUAAAGAACAAGCUUUUACAAUAUGAGCCUUUGCAAGAAGAGGGGCGUUCUGAAUAAGGGGUUCCUGCUGGCCAUGAGAGCACUAGUUCGGAAAGAACACUCUAAGCCUGUAUCCAAAUGCUUGAUGUGGUUUACAGAGCACAUAAGAGUUACAAUAAAUAAUAUAGUUUGGAAACAGUGAAAAAUGUUAUUUUCCAUAGUUCUGUAUAUAUUGUAGUAAUAUUACGCACCUUAUUCAUCUUUUUGUUACUUGCGUUAAUACCAAAAAAAAAGGAAGACCUGUUCUUUUUCCUACUUCUGUAUAUAGUAGUAAAACAAUUAUUCACUUUGUUUUUGUUAGUUUAGUAAAUACCCAAAAAAGUUAAACAUACUGUAUUAAAUAUCUUAAGUAUUCAUAGAUAUUUAAUACACUAUUAGCAGCCAAAUGAGCAAGACAGUUUCUGUAAUUUCUAACCAUUAUGUUCUUCUGUAAAGGUACAGUAUACAAGUAUGUAAAUGACACUUUGCACUGAUGCUAAUUCUUAUAUGCUGGGAUUUGACAUGUUUUUCCCACUCUUUGAACACCUGUUAUUAGCUAUGUUUUUUCUAAUGUUGGUUUUUGCUGUUCCUUUUAAGUCAACAGCACCUGGUUAUGAUGCAAACAUGUAGCUACCUCUGUUAGUCAUUUAUUUGUUCAUUUGGCAUGUGUUACAUGGUACAGAUCAUAACUGUAUAUGUAAAGAAAAUGUUUGUUUUCAACAAAACAGAUUUUCUUGGCAUUGUUGUUAAGGAAUGAAAGUGUUUCUGUCA